AUGAAUAAAUUGUUGUUUCAAGCUACCAUCCUGAUAUUUAGGGGUAUCAAGGAGUUCAAGCGAGAUCUUGAAGACUCAGAUAGACAACCGAUGAUCACGUUGUAUGAGAAGGAGAAGGAGUUGAAGAAAAUGGAUAAAGAUCUUGGUCUUAAGGUAAAGGAUCUUACUACAAAAAUUGAAGAGCUUUCCAAGAAGUAUAGUGAGCUUGAAGGAAAUGUUGGUGAGAUUAUAAAUGAUGCCAAGAUCUUUUCUAUGAAAUUGGCGUCAGAGUUGACAAAAGAGGGCCUGAUUUCCAACAAAUUUGAGCUGAUGACAAAGACAAUGCAGCUCAUACACAACAAUUACAAGGGGAUCAGUUUCGUCCCGAUGCUUCUGGUUCGGUUCGAACACAACAAUGACAUAGCUUCCCUACUACACCCAAUAAUUUACAGAUUUUUUGAAGUUAUAGAAGACCUUACAACUAAAGUACAACUCAAAGAUCAAAUGGAAAUUGCACGUUUAUACUGCCUGUUAUUUGUUAAAGUUUUCAAUUUAGAUGUGGCUAAAUAUGGUAAACGAUUUGCACGUGAGGGAAUAACAUAAAUGGACAGGAAGGUAAAGUUUCUUGAAUCAGAG